CAUCGUUCCCAUCUCUUCUCCGCACCAAGCCGCUGCCCGCCACCAUGCCUGGCCCCGCGAACGAAGCCCCCACCAGCGUCGAAGCCCUCUUCUACCAGUAUGUCUUCCCAAGACUCCCCACAGACGCCCAAACCCUCUUCCGAGAGCCCCCCACCAUCUCAAACCCCUCGUCCUUCCUCCCCCUCUUCCGCCUCCUCGCUCCGUACAUCGGCUACUUUGUCACACUCGUCGCCUUCAUCAUCGUAUGGACAGCCCUCUCCAGUAUAGUGGGCUACAUGUCCCGCAUAUUCCGCUUCUCCUUGCGAUUGAUUCCAGUGAUCGCAAUCGCGGCCUGGGUGAUGGCUAGCUCGGAACAGGGGACGUUAGAGGAGCUUUUGGAGCUGAUGAAGCAAUGGGCUGGGAUGGCACCCACAGACGGGCGACGCGAAGCCAGUCCAGGCGUUGCUUCACUCGUCAAUUUGCUGAGCGCUCCCAAGGAUGGAAAUCCCUCCCGUCAACCAAGGCGAAACCCCAGCCGUCAAGGAAGAGCGCGGUCGCGAUCUCCCCCCUACUCUUCCCGAGGAAAGCCCGACCCUGUUGCUGCCCGCGCCGAUAACAAAGGUGCCGAGAAAGGGCAAGCGGGGGGACUUGACUUCAUCUCGUCCGUGUUGAGUUCCGCCGUGGGUAGCAAAAAUGCCGAUGACAGUGCCAACGAAUGGCAGAGAAUGCUUCAGGAUUAUGUGAGGCAGUCUGUCUUGAAAGCAUCCGGUGUGGAUUGGCUUUUUGGCAGACAGGAAAAAGAUGAGAAGAAGGCGCGGAGAUGGUGGUAAUCUUAAAGCUGUACGCGCCCAUGGCAGCGUGUAGUAUAGAGAGCUAGUCAAAACACCAGUUGGCCGAACUUCGCAAGCCCCAGCAGUCACAGUAAUAUCCAUAUAGACUCAUUUCUGUAAUAUUAGUCGCCAGUAGAUCCUUGAAUGUUGUUGAUCAGUGCCAUGUAUGUGUCUCAGCCUGCCUCGUCACCAAUGAAUACAGAAAUUGCAAUUGAAAGAUCAGGCGGGAAGAUCAGGCGGAAAACGGACACUGC